AUGUCGUUCCUCGCGCUCGCCAUCUUGCACCCCGGGACGGGGCUCAAUGACGGCACUGCAGCGACUCGCGGCUACGACUGGGUGCGGAAGAAGAUGGACCAAGCAGGGCUAGCUGGCGCUCGUUGGCAUGUGGGACACAACAUGUGUCCAAACAAGGGCGGGCCAAGGACAGGCAGCGGAGCAGGGCCUGAAGACAAGGCUUGCAACCUGAUGGCACAGACAGCCAAGGACAACGCCGGUAAGGGUGGCCUGUUGAGCAAGCAGAUGUCUGAGGCAGAGGCAACAUUCUACUCGCGAAGCCUGAUGACGUGCGCAAGGCUUCCUCCCCACCCGUCGGACCUCGCGGCCUCACCCCAGAAAAUGAAGAACAUCCAUUACGCAGGCCACGGGUACGAUCUUGUGAAGGGCAACCCGCAAUGCUCUGGCGGCUGCGUCGAGUCUGCCGGUUUUGACCCUGGCUUCUUGGGCACACACAACGUGAUCGAUCUGACGUACUCGACGGGAAAGAUAACGCCCGAUGGCCGCUACCUAGUACCCGAUAACCUCGACGUCGAGAGCGCUGUGACCUGCUCCCUCGUCACGUCCACCCACGCGGUGCACUCGACGUACGACUACCAAAACUCGCUCAACGUCGACGCCUCGAUUGAUACGACGUUUGAAGAGACGUGGCUCGGCAAGGUGCAGUUCAGUGCGAGCGUAGACUACCAGCGCAUGUCGCACAAGAUGGGCGCAUCUGCCAAAACGGUUUACUCCACGCGAGCCGCCUGUUCUGUUUACCAGGCCAGCGUGCUCCCCUUUACCACGUUCAACCUGACAACAUACUUUCGCAGCGCCGUCGCGACGCUCCCAGCAACAUACGACGCGAGGCACUACCUUACGGUAAUCGAGUCCUUUGGCACGCAUUACGUCACCGCCGUGCAGAUGGGCGCAAAGAUGGUGCGCAACAUCGAGUGCUCCUCCUCCGACAUCGACUCGCUCACGUCGCAGGGCGUCGACGUCAAGGCGGCGGUGCAGGUGGACGCGUUGUUUGCGCACGUCAAGGUCGGCACGAACGUAACGUGGCACAAGAGUGACCACGACCAGCUCUCGAAGAAGGAUUGCAGCUCAUCUGAGCUCAAUGGAGUCGCGGAGGAGGAGGGAUAA